AUGGUUACUGUUCAUACACUUCUUGCCAUAGCUACUGUUUAUAAUUGGUCUUUGGUUCAACCUGAUGUGAAAAAUGCUUUCUUACUUAGAGAUUUAGUUGAGGAAGUUUAUAUGACACUUCCUCCUAGUUUUCAUACUAAGGGGGAGUCUAAAUCUAAAGCUGAUUAUUCCUUGUUUACUAGUUCCAAUGGUGCUUCUUUCAUUGCACUUCUUGUGUAUGUUGAUGGUAUCUUAAUUGCAAGUAAUGAUUCACAUGUUGUUGAUGAUUUGAAACUAUUGCUGGAUACUAAAUUUAAGCUAAAAGAUAUGGGACAGCUUAGGUACUUCCUUGGUUUGGUAGUUACAAGAUCUCCUAAAGGCAUUUCCCUAUGUCAACAUAAGUAUGCACUUGAGAUAUUACAAGAUGCUGGAUUUCUUGGUGCUAAACCAGCAGCUUUUCCAAUGGAACAAAAUUUGAAACUCAGUAAAGACAGUGGUAUUCUAUUGGCUGGUCCUACUAUUUUUAGAAGAUUAAUUGGUAGAUUAUUAUAUCCUACCAUUACACGGCCAGAUCUCACCUUUUAUGUUCAUUGGCUUAAACAGUAUAUGGAUAAACCCCGUGAACCUCACUUACAGGCUGCUUAUCAUAUUCUGCAGUAUGUCAAGUCCACUCCAAGACAUGGAUUAUUUUUUCCAGCUGACUCUUCUUUUCAGAUCAAAGCUUUUACAAAUUCAAAUUGGACUUCAUGGCCUGAUACUCACAAGUCUACUACGGGCUACUGUGUCUUUCUUGGAGAUUCCUUGGUGUCCUGGAAAUCUAAAAAACAACAAACAAUUUCUCGUUCAUCUGCGAAGGCAGAAUAUCGUUCGAUGGCCACUACAAUUUGUGAAAUUGUCUGGCUUCUUUCCUUAGUCUCAUAUUUUAGAGUUUCUCAUUCUAAUAGUGCUCAUUUGUUUUGUGAUAACAUAGCUACACUUCAUAUUGCUGCUAACCCUGUCUUUCACGAGAACACAAAGCAUAUGGAGCUUGAUUACCAUCAAUUCGAGCUGGGAUUCUUAAGACAUUUCAUGUUCGUUCUCAACAUCAACUUGCUGAUGUACUUAUUAAAGCUUUAG